AUGAACCUUGCCGUAGCAGACAUCGGUAUGCAUCUGGAAGACGUGGGAGAACAUGGGGCUGCGGAGAAUGUGCCCCAGUUUAUUGAACAGUCGGGGAUGGUGGAUACGAUGCCCUUAGCAGGUGGUCGAGGUUUUCUAGUGGAUUUUAAUAGUGAUGAUGCUCCGACCAGUCGUCCAGUUAAACGUCGAAAAAUGACUGCUUUAGAAUCCCGUUCAAAUCUCCACUCAGAGGAUUUCCUUUUCAAGCGGAUUCCUAUGUCUGGUGAAUAUGUUCCCAUCACGUUUUCCAAUGGUCAUCGACGAUAUCUUCUUCUCGAAAGCAAGGAGUAUGAAGAGUCAAAUUCGCAUAGUUUCACAUCUUGCCGGAAGGAUUGUAAACGGUUGCUUCCUGGUGAUCUUUACAAAUUGGUCCAAAGCGCAGAACAACUCGUAAAUAUGUGUCGGCGUACCAUUGGAGCGUUCGAAACUGAGCCUUUAUGUUCCAUGGAUGACCAACUCUGGGUAAAGAAAUAUGAACCAACCAGUUACCUAGAUUUGAUAUCUGCGGAGCAAAUAAAUCGUCAGCUUUUGUGCUGGCUGAAGACUUGGAGCCGUAGUGUAUUCAGCACUGAGCCAAAGGCAGCGGCUGCGCCUUUGAUGUCAUCACUGUCAAAUAAUGCUGAUUCGAGUAAUCGCCAACACCAUUGUUUCCAGAUGCAGGACGCCGAUGCAAACAUAGCUCAGUUGGAUCACAAGGACAAUCUCAGACCUCGUUACCGAGUUGUACUGCUUUCUGGUCCACCAGGCGUAGGAAAAACCACUCUGGCCCAUUUUCUCGCUCGGCUUGCUGGAUAUCAGCCAACUGAAGUCAAUGCUAGUGACGACCGGAAUCCGAUAGUAAUUCGGGAGCUCCUCGAGGCCGUUGUAUCCAAUCAGGCCAGUUUAAAUGCCUCUGGUAGUGAGCAGGUACUCAAGCCCUCAUGCUUGAUAAUCGACGAAGUUGACGGUGCAUUGCCCGCUACGGUGGAACUUCUGGCGGAGGCGGCCGCAGCCCCUUUGGUUCAGGAGCGAAGACGAGGAAAGAAGAAGGCAAUUGCCUUGCGACGUCCCGUUAUUUGCAUCUGUAAUGACUUAUACGCACCAUCUCUCCGGUCUUUGCGAACGCCCGAGGCCUCAUGCUAUACUUUGCGCCUUCCUCCUCUUGACUCCAAACGUUUAGUCGAUCGCCUUGACUUGAUCGCCAAGGCGGAAGGCCUCAUUGUGGACAAACGCCUCCUCUCAACCCUCGUUGAGAGUAGUGGACACGAUAUUCGAUCAUGCCUUAAUAUCCUUCAGUUCGCAAAGGCGACGCAGUCUCAACGGAGGGGCUCACCGACGGUACAGGAGCUGAUGGCUGGCUUGGAGGGCUCGAUGAAGGAUACGCAAUACAAUCUCUUUGCAGCUUGGCAGGCUGUCUUCACUAUACCUCCUUCUCACAUUCUCACUCGUCAAGUCAACCAAAACAGUAAAAGCCGCACUAACCACAAGCCGUCCACAUCUGGCUCCGACGGUGUUCUUCAGGCCAGAAUCCAAAUAACAAUGGAAGUUUGUGAUUCAACAGGCGAAAUUCCGACUUUGGUGCUGGGAAUAUUUGAGAACUAUCUCAACCGUAAAAUGAAAGAUGCAAACUUGCAGAAGGUGAGUAGCGAACUUUGA